CGCUCCUUUUUUCAGCACCAAAUGCAUUCAAUCCGCGGACAGCUCCGUCUCACAGCCGCACCGUGUCCUGCGGUGGAGCCACCAGGAGCCCUGGAACAGAGAGACAUGAGAGUGCAGAGGGAUCGCUGUUUCCACGCAAAAGAUCUGCAUGGAGAGAUGAUGCAUUGGCACUAGCGUUUUCUGUGCGUAUCCACGUGGAUGUUUACUCGGAUUUGGACUAUUUUGUAAUUCGCCAGGAUGAAGGUGUGAACUUUGAAAUGCAAUAUUGUUUUUACCCCGUCGGAUGGAUGGCGAAGGAUUUUUGGAUGAUAUUGAAUGCAACUGAGUUGGUUCAUUGUGUGCCAUGGGAUCCUUUGGAACGAGCGACGGUGGCGCACAGGUCUGGGUGAGGAUUUAGGACGCGAUGCUUCAUAUAUUUGACGAUGCCCCAGUGAUGGUAUGCAAAAUCAGAGAUGUUCCUGUGUGCCUCUGUGCCUGUCCGAGAGUCUGUCAAUCGAGUCAAGAAUCUUAGUGCAUAUCCUGCACGUCGUAGACAUUCUUUCCCUUUCUUAUGGUUAAAAAGAGAAUAAUGCACUUCCUCUCCACGGAUUAAGAGCAAUCAGGCAUUUCAUCAACAGUCGACUUUUUGCGUAGUUUUUUCUGUUAAAAUAAAUAAAUGUAUCAAGUAUAUUUUGCAAUUAAACAAGCAACUAUGGCAUAAAGAAGCAUCUUGGAUUAUAUUAACGUUUGCUGUUAUUGACAGACGAAAAGCUGUAUCAAAUCAAUAGGAAGAUCUUUAUCUCCAGCCACCCAGCAAUAAUGGAUCCACUCCCAGAGUACUCUAUUUUCCUGGUCCGGAUUCUGGACGAGCUGGACCAUAAACACGCCACCAUGUCCUACCAGGACCUGUGCAAGUCCCUGUGUGCCCGUUUCGACCUGGCCCACCUAGCCAAGCUCCGUAGCCUGCUGUUCUACACGGCCUGCCUGGACCCUGCCUUCCCAGCCACCCUCUUCAAGGACAAGAUGCGCUGUGCCGUGGAGGACCAGCAGUCCAAGAAGCUGAUGGUGGCGGCGGACAUCGUGACCAUGUUCAACCUGAUCCAGAUGAACGGGGGUUUAGCCAAAGACAAGCUGCCCAUGGCGCACAGGGGCAAGUUCCACAGGAACCAGUCGUUGGAGUUGAGCAGGUCCGACCCAGAUGCCUACACGUUCCAGGACAGUGAGGGGCGAGGGGGCUACGAGCGUCCGGAUCACCCCCCGGCAGACGGCCACCACUCACACCACCACCACCCCCACCAGCACCACCACCACAACCACCACCACCUCCACCACCAGCACCCCUUGCCCCAAAACGCCUCGCCGUGUGCUAAAUCGGAGCGCAACAGUUGCCAGCAGUUUAUUCCCAGCUCGAACCCUAACUUCCUCCUGGGAGUCAACAAGGACCUGAAAUGUAGAGCGGCCUCCAUGGACAAGCUCCAGCAUCUGCCCCAGUACGGCAGCAGCAGGCCGCCCUCACCGCCCUGCGACAUGCAGUCCACCUACUUUCCCAUGGACAUAGACAGCGAGUCCACCACGGACCAGGACUCCCUGCAGCACAUGGGACACCCCGAGCCCUUCUCCGUCCACUCCUGCCUCCAGAAGAGGAACAUCUUCAAGGAGGACUUUCAUAACUUUGUGGCCUUCUCCCCACAGGUCCUCCCUUCUGACGGCAAGCAAGGCGGCAAGGCGUCCGACGGCUAUCACCAUCGGAGGGAGCUCCACAAGCCCGCCACCUUCUUCAACCACAGCUUCGAACUGCCUUACAGCAACCCGUACUUUGAGCCCGUGCUCAACUCCCCGAUCCAGGAGAGGCGGCGGGCCAAGCACGAGAGCCUGGACGACCUCCAGGCCUCGACCUACUUCGGCCCCACCACGGUGUCCGAGUGCGUGAGCGCGCGCCGGCAGCUCGGCAAGCCCGGGAAGGUGCCGGCGUGGCCCGUGAAGAGCCUGAGCCUCAACGCAGAGGAGGGAGGGCCGCCGGACUUUGAGAGGUCGGUCCUGAACUGCAAGCCCCUCAAGGUGAACCACCCGCACAACAUCAGCGUGAUCUGCGACGCGGGCGAGCAGCGCUUCCAGAGCCCCAAACAGAAAGCCACCGCCUCCCCGCUGGCCUUCCCCAAGAAGACCAACGGGGGGAAGCCGACGAAGGAGGCGGCGUCGAUGGCGUGCGGUCCCGUGAUCGUGGACAAGAGGGAGACCGGGAAGAGGUUUCGGGAGAAGAUCGUUCACAGUUCGUCUUUCCAGGACAGCUCCUCCAGCGUCGGCACCCAAACGGAUCUGGCGGCCCAGAAGCAAAAAGCAAAAGAGUACGCGUCCAAGUACUGCGAGCGGGAACGCCACCCCUUCAAGCCCUCCGACGACGAGCCCCAGACGCUCAGCGACGACAUCAGCGACAUAUUCCGGUUCCUGGACGAGAUGAGCGUGUGCGACUCGCUGGGCGUCAUCCAGUCCCCGUGCUACAACAGCAACGGCUCCCUCUCUCAGGUAACGCUCAAGUCGGACGGCGACAGCUCUCCGGAGCGCAGCACGGUGCGGCUGGCCAAGUCCAAGCUGGACCGCCUCUUCCAGUCCAUGGAGUGCGCCGACGACGAGCUCAAGUCGAGCGUGGUCAAGCUGGUGUCGCGCAUCGGGGAGAUCGAGAGGAAGCUGGAGUCCCUGUCCGGGGUGCGGGGGGAGAUCUCCCAGGUGCUCUCCAAGCUCAACCGGCUGGACGAGAAGAUCCUGGAGCCGGAGGGCAACGGGGGGAGACACGGGGAGACGCAGGGCCAGGGCGCCGCCGCCGCCGCCGCCGCCGCCGCCGCCGCAACAGGCUCCGUUUCUAAGUCUCCGGACCCCGCCCACACCCACAGCCACGCCCACGCCGACCCGGGACUGUCCCCGCACGUCUUUCAGUGUCACACGACGGGCCACAACGUGAAGAAGGGGGAGGCCGGCGGUCUGGUGGAGUGGUGCUGCCCCGAGGGCGGGAACAGCGAGAGCAUGCGGGUGAGGGCCCUGAAGAAGAACAUGUUCACCCGGCGCUCGUCGCGCUCGCUCAACGAGGAGAACGGCGGCGCCGGCGAGCCUAAGGCGGUUGCCAGCGCCGCCAACUCCCCCCGGGACUGGAGGACGGUGUCGUACGCCUCCCAGGCCCUGGACGAGGUCAAAGACAAGGACAGCAGAGACAGGGAGAGGGACAGGGAUCGGGAGAACAAGGAGCGCCACAGGAAAGCCAAAGAGGCGGAGCGGGACCGCCACUACGAGCACCCCCAGGCUCACCGCCAACCCAAGCCGCCCAAGGACCCCUACCUGGUGGAGCAGGUGUUCGCCCCGCACCCCUUCUCCCCCGGGGUCAAGGCCCAUGUCAAGGGCAGCCCGCUGUACGCCGACCUGCAGCUGGUGGGGCCGGGCGACGGCAAGCGGGGCCAGCCCUCCUGGACCCUGGAGGAGUUCAAACGCAACUCGGGGGAGAAGGGCAAGCACCUCACCGCUCUGGACCUGCAGACCCAGGAGUCCCUGAACCCCAACAACCUGGAGUACUGGAUGGAGGACAUCUAUACGCCGGGCUACGAUUCGCUGCUGAAGAGGAAGGAGGCGGAGUUCCGCAGGGCCAAGGCGUGUAAGAUCGGUGCGCUGAUUGCGGCCGCCACAUGCACUGUGAUCCUGGUCAUCGUGGUUCCCAUCUGCACCAUGAAGUCCUGAGACUAGGGAGGCACCGGAUGGAUGGAUACCAUUAAUCGGCUCCUCACCUUUACAGGUUUAUUUGUUGUCUGAGAUCAGCUUCAUCACUCACAACUUUAUUUUCCAAGGCUGGGAUUGUAUAAUUUGGCAGCCAAUCAGGGCCGUCUGGCCUUGUUGAAAACGCUGACAAACUGCUGGUAACUGGAACUUUUUGUGGUCUUCUCCUUGCCUGUUUUGUUGAUUAUACUAACAGUUAGGAAAACCGUUGUACCGGAGAUCAAUAAUAAGCAAUUAUAUAUCCAUUGAAAAUGUUUUAACGUUGUCUACCGUAUCGUUGACAAACUGUUCUCAGUUUCUUGAUUUUAAUGAAGUCAUUACCGCAGAUGAUCUGAAACGUUGUUGAUCACUGGGUUUAUUUGGUAGCCAGUGUAUCAUAUUAUUAUUUUUAGUAUGAUUACGAUAUAAUGUAUUUUGAUGAAACUUAUUUUUCUGAAUUAUCUGGUUGAAUAUGGGUUAAAUACUGGUAUUUAUCUUUAUAAAUAACAACAAGAGUUUGAUGUGAUGAGAGGUAAGAAAGAGCUUUUUUUAAAUAUAAAAUACAGUAUUAUUAAGUGCUUUAUUUGAAAUAGAGGCAGACCAGUACAUGGACCGCAAAAAAAAACCUUUAUGUGAGCCAUCUGAAUGUAAUGUAAUUAUAUGAUAUAUAUAGAUAUAUAUAGAUAUAUAUACACACACACUGAAACAUUAACAACAUUAUCAUAUCUUAGCAGAUUUGAUUUCAAAUGUGCUGCCUUUUUUUCAGAAAAAACAACCAGCCACAAGCUACAAACUUUUCAAGCAAAAUGUGUUUGAUUUGUCUAUUUAUGUUUGCCUGUGCAACGAAUACUUGAAAUGUCAAGACCCAUUAUGUAAAAUCUGCAGUUAUCUCCUGACCUAAUUUAAUAAUACACUCCAGUGUUGAGGGGGAUAAAGCUCAAAUCUGGGUGAAUGGGGCUUUUAACGUUCUUUCGCUCAAAAUUUGUUUCGACCAAUCUUAUUGCUUGGGCAAGGAACUGUAGCCACGCGUUUCCUGGAAUGGAUCGCUACAGAAUACAACGUGAUCGGCGGAACCACAACAAACAUCAUAUAGCUGAACAAUAAUCUCGGAUCCAGGAGAGGACGGAUGACAAAAGCAACAGGAACGUUUUCCAACGUCACAUGCCUCAGGCAAGGCGUCUGAAAAGGUUUCAUUCAAACCUGUGUAUUAGACUGGCCGCUGUAGAAAACAUUUGUUAGAACUGUCUUUUAAAACCUCCAUCUUGCCACUCGCAAAUACAUUUCUCUUUUGAAGAACAUCUCUGUGAAAACAGGAAACACUGCGUCACUCCACCCCCUCGCACUUUCUUGUCUCCGUCCCGGGAAUGAACUGAUAAUUGCCCUGGCGCAAUAUAGCUCUAUUUUCUGAAAGCCCACGCCGAAUCAGUUGCCAAUAUGACCGGAAAGGGGGGACAUCGUAAAACCGUACCUUAUUUACGGCUAACGACGGUCACAGUUCAGCCACAACCGUUCCUUGUCGUCUUAGUCAUCCACGGUGAACCUCCUUCGACCACAUGCAGCUAACCACUUAGACCUUGUGACGAUGUCUCCUCAGCUGCUGCUGCUGAGCAUUCAGUCAGGUGGGGAAGAAACGCCUUCAGCACAAGCCGUGUAUUCAGUAGCACACCGCGUAGGUCAAGCUGUAAAUGGAUAGGUACAGCUCAUGCACAUUGUUAUGUGUACGCAGGUAAUAGACACUGUUACUUUAAUAAAAGCUUCUAGAUCAUU